AUGGAUAUUAAAUUUUUUAUUGUGUUACUUUGCAGUUUCAAUUUGACUUUAGGAAGAGAUGUAGAGAAUAAAAUAAAGAAAUUAAGGGGAGAUUUGGGAGAAGAAAGCGACGAAGAUGAAGAUGUUGUGAGGAUUCAGUGGGAAGGAAAUGGAAAUUUUGGAAAAAAGUUCAAUGUUUUAAGCGACAUUGACUCCGCAGAGUCAGGAAUUCCCUGGCCGAUUUUGCAGCCUCCUUUUUAUUAUUAUUCGUCGUCGAUUAAUGAUUUUGACAGGGAAAAUUUGAGCCGUGAAGAUCAAAAAGGCUUGGAGGAGAAUUCGGGGGAGAGAAAUCGGAGUGACAGUGUUAAAAAAUUGAGGAUUUAUGAGAUUACUGGACCUGGAAGGAGGGAUGAAAAAUCUGGUGAAAAUUUGGGAAAUGUUAAAUAUGAGCGGAAAGAUUCGGGAAAAAUUGAUUUGGAAGGUUGGAAGAAUCGAAGCAUUGGAAAUUUAGGGGAAUUUGAUAAUAAUGAUAAUGUUAGGAAGUUAAAUGAAUAUUUUGAGCGGAAGGAUAAUUUUGAAAGGUGGAAUUUUGGUGGGGGAAAUUUUGGGAAAGGAAGUAGUCGGAAUUUUGGAAAUCAGAGUGAAGGUAAUAGUGAUAAUUUUGGUAAUGGGAGAAAUUUGAAAGUUUUGAAGGUUGGUGAAAAUUUUGAGCGGGGUAAUUUUGGAAAUGAUAAAAAUUGGAGGAAUUUGAAGGUAGAUGGUAAUUUAGAACAUCGGGAUUUAGGAAAUGAUCAAAAUUUUAAAGUGUUUAAGGUUGAUGAAAAUUUAGGGAGUCAAAAUUUUGAUAAAGGUGAAAAUUUUAAAAUUUUGAAUAGUGAUAAACAUUUUGAAAAUGAUAAAAAUAUGAAUUUUGAUGAAAAUUUGGAAAGACAAAAUUUUGGAAUUGAUAUAAAUUCAAAAGUUUUUAAUAAUGAAAAUUUUGAACAUCGAAAUUUUGGAAAUGAUCAAAAUUUUAAAAUUUUGAACGGUGAUAAACAUUUUGAACAUGACAAAAAUAUGAAAUUUGAUGAAAAUUUGGAAAGACAAAAUUUUGAGAAUGGUAGAAAUGUAAAAGUUUUUAAUAAUAAUAAUUUUGAAAAUGAUAAAAAUUGGAAAAAUUUGAAGGUAGAUAAAAAUUUAGGGGAUCAUAAUUUUGAUAAUGAUCAAAAUUUUAAAAGUUUAAACAAUGAUAAACAUUUUGAAAAUGACAAAAAUAUGAAAUUUGAUGAAAAUUUGGAAAGAACAAAUUUUGGAAUUGGUCGGAAUUUAAAAGUUUUGAAAAUAGAUGAAAAAGAAAUGCAAAGUUUUGGAAAGAAAAAUUUGAAGGUGGUAAAAAUAGGGGAAAACUUUUCUCCGGUUCACGUAAGAAAUUUUGGAAAUACUCAGGACAAUAGCAAGGCUCACAAUGUUCAAAUUUUGAGUCGACCAAGAGACUGGUUUGAUGGUGUGCAAAAAUCUGAUGAUAGAAAAAAAAACGAGAGUGAUUUUGGAUGGGUCAAAAGGCCGAAGAAUUUUGAAAAUAAUCGAGAAAUUGAUGAUGAUCAAAACGACAGCGAAGAAACAGAUGGCGUUGUUAAAUCAACAACUUGGGACCCGAGCAAAAUUGGUGGGAAUAUUAUAAAAUUGAGACCGGUGCAGUCUUUGAGCGUGAUUAAGCCCUUGAAAGGUUCACAAUUUCCGAGGGGAAAUCGCAAGUAUCAAAACAGCGAAGAAAUGUCUGAAAGAAGGAAUUGGGAGUUUUCAAGGGAUGGUCAAUUGAGGAGAAAAGAAUUCCAGAGGGUUAAUCAUUUCAAAUAUUUGGAUUCACACUCAAAAUUUGGAGCAAUCCCUGGAGUACCUGGCAGAGAUUAUCCAGUAAAUACAGAAUACAACCAACGAGCUACCAAGAAAUUUAUAUGCCCGACGCAUAUAGACACACAUAUUUAUAUCGCGGAUAGAUCUUCGCGUUGUCAAGUGUUUUAUGUUUGCUACGGUAGCAAUUCGGGUGUCCAGAUGGUCUGUCCAGACGGAACGCUUUUUAACCAACAAUUGCAAGUGUGCGAUUGGUGGUUUAAUUCGAUAAGAGUAAAAGUUAGAUUAUAUUACCUGGUAUACACAAUCGCCGGUAAAAAUCGACGAGACAUAAGAAGUUUCAUUCUUCCUCCAAGCUCCCGAAAGUCCCGUUUGUUCAAUCCAGCGUUUAACAUCUUCCGGAUAGUCACUUGGAUUUUUCAAUUCGAUCAAAACAGAUUCUUCGACACUGGCAUCGCAAAAUUUGAAUGA